AUGACAGACAAAGUUAACGAAAAAGGUCGACCACAUAAUCAGCGUUAUCCUUUUCAAAAGCAGCAUCCACAAACAACAACUCAUAUUUUGAUGAGAUACAGUGAGCGUCAUGUACCUGUUCUUUAUGGUCCACAAAUUCCUCGACGAGAUCGUGAUGAUACUCGAGAACGAUACGGUCGAGCUAUUCUCACACUUUUCGUACCUUGGCGCACCGUUACUGAUCUUUGUGGCGUCAAUCAAACAUGUGAAGAUGCUUUUAAAUCUCGGCAAAAUCGUAUUUCUAUUCAUUCAUGGAAGAUCAUAGAAAAUAUUCAACUUUUACAUGAAUGUAAAAAGGACCGCGAUGAACAUUUACUUCAAAUUGAAUCAAUUAUGAUACCACUUCAGUUCCAUCCUAUUCAAGUCUUUGAUGAGACAAAACAUGCAGUAGAUGUGGUAGCUGAGGAAUAUCUUGAAAAAGCAACUGGUGAUAUACAAGAUCUUGUUCCAGUCGAUGUCAUUGCUGAUGGAAACUGUUUAUACCAUUCUAUUCUUCUUUUGAUAAAUAAUCCACCGAUAACAACAAAUGAAUUACGAGUUCGAACAGUUAUUGAACUUAUAACAAAUGAAAACUAUUAUGAAACUAUGUAUUCACAAUACAUUGGGCCUAUCGACGUCAGUAUCAAGGCUAUUUGCAAAAGUUAUACAUUUUCUGAAUUAUGUCAAAUUGUCGCGCUAUGCAAUGUACUGCAAUGUAACACACGAAGUGUUUAUCCAAAAAUCGAUUUUCAACAAUAUAUGGCAAUUUGGGAUAACGCUUUUACACCUGUUCCACCUAUUAUUGCUAAUUAUGAUAUUGCAAUUUUGUGGUCCCAUGUCUUGAACGAAGAAAAUGCUCGAGAAAUAAAUAAUGGUCAAUGGAAUCCAAAUCAUUUUGUUCCACUCGUUUCACGAGAUAUUCGUAAUGAUUCUAAUAAUGGUAGUCAAUCAACAUCACUCGCUGCUACUCCUGAAAAGAAGACAUUUAAGAAUAAUGUUGUUAGUCAAAUACUAAUUCCUGAAUUUCAAUCUUCUCCUAGUAGUCGUUUACGAAGUGAAAAUAACAUUGGAUAUAACUCAACUCAAUCAAUCACUUCAGGCUCGAUGCAAAAGGAAAAGAAUGAUAAAGAACAACAGCGUCAAAUUCGACUUGAAAAGAAAAGGGAACGAAGUCGACCAAGUCGAAUGAAUGAAACAGAAGAACAACGUCAAAUUCGACUCGAGAAGAACAGAGAACAAACUCAAUCCAGUCGAACAAAUGAAACAGAUGAACAAUAUCAGAUUCGACUGGAAAAGCAAAAGAAACGAAGCCAAACGAAUAGAAAUAAAAAGAAACUUGAAAAACAAACGCAUGAAAACAUUGAUACUGAACAAGAAAAUAACGGCAUGCGGGUCUUCAUUCGUCCACCUUGGCCUGAACCAAUUCCUCGUGAUUUGAAAGAAACUAGGUUGCAACAAUUUUUACAACAAAUGUCCAUGUCAGAACUGGCUGAAACUACUUGUGCACUGUAUAAUAAAACUCCAUUCACAUUUUCAUUCAACUACAACUGCAUUACCUUUGUUCAAAACGUACCAAAUAUUGUCAAUAGUUUACCACUUACACUUGACGAUCUAUGUGAUACAAUUAAAGUGAUUUUUAUUGGAGCCCGACCUCCCGAUCGUAUUCAUCUUAAAAAAAUCCUAACAGUACGCAAGAAGAAAAUUAUUCAAGCAUUGCACUGGCUAAAAAAAUACAAUGUACUUUAUCAAAAUGUCAAGAUAAAUCUCGAAAAUAUUGCUCAAUUGCCAGAAGACGAUGUACCAGAAUGCAUCAUGUCAACAUUAGAACAAAAGUUAGGUGAUGAAGAAAUUCAAUCUGAAAGAGUUGGAUAUGUUCCUGAUCCAUUAUCCAACCCAACAGAACACACUACUGCAGAUACUAUUCCUGUUAGUAACAGUGGUGUCCUUGAUGUCAAUGGCGCAUCAGUAUCUUCAGAGGAAAUUGCUAAUUAUUUUUUGCACAAAAUUAAAAAUAAUGGAAACAAGGAUCAGAUGGAUAUCGAAAAUGUUUAUUUAAUUCCUCAUUCAUCGAAACCUGUCAACGAAUAUUUCAAUCACAAAUUAUUAACAGGUCUAUAUCCAACUUUAUUCUGUUAUGGGCGUGGAGCGCCUGAAGAUCAAUCACGUCCAGUUCAGAUAAAAUUAAAAGAACACAUACGUUAUCUAUUAUCUUAUAACGAUCGUCGUUUUGAAACAAAUUACAGUUUUAUAUUUGUAGUCUUCAAUUUAUUGCAACGGCGUGAUGCCUGCUUUCAUGCUCAGCUGAUAGCAACAAAGCCUUACUUUCAAUCAUCUGAUGAUGAAAUUCUAUCUUUGAGUAAUAAAGAUAUUGAAACAGCCCUUGACAAUAAUUCUAAAAGAAUGUACAAUUCAGAAUCAAACAAUGCAUUAAACAAACUGUUGCAACAUAUUAAAACUAUUGGUGGCCGAGUUAUGGGUUUAGCAUAUAGACGAACAGCUUUACGUACCCGAAUUCAUGCACUUAUAUAUAAUCAAGGACUGUCCUGCAUAUUUCUUACUUUAAAUCCAGCCGAUAUCCAUAGUCCCGUAGCACUAUAUUUUGCGGCAUUUCAUCCAGUUGCUACUGCUAAGUUUUUUCAUUUAUUAAUUACUAAUAUCUUAAAUACUAUGAUUAUUGGUGGUGUUCUUGGGCCAAUAAAAGCUUAUUUUGGUACUGUUGAAAGUCAAGGUCACGGUUCACUUCAUUUACAUCUCCUUAUUUGGCUUGACCAUGAUAUGAAACCAGCCGAUAUGAAAGAGAAAAUUCAAGAUGUCAUUUUUUGUGAAAAGUUAAAAGCAUACUUAGAAGACAUUAUUCAAGAAGAUUUAGAUGAUUUUAAAGAGAAACAUGCCUUUAAAUAUUCAAACGUACCGAGAUUAUUCAAUACUCCUACAAGAUUAUCAGAAGAUAAUAUAUAUGCCGCUUUACGUACUAUUGAUUUGACAGGCUUCUCAGAAAAUAUAUAUAGAUCUCCUAUUUGGUCCACCCCAGCAAAACAACCAAUUUCUCCAUCGAUUCCUUACAUUUCUCCAUCAAUUGCUUAUGCCUCUUCGUCAUCGAAUAAAUUGUUACAGAUACCAACACAUGAUCGAUCAACACUCGAUAUGAAUACUUUACAUGACAAAUCAAACUUAAUUCCAGCUUGUUUACAUACUCGAAAUCCAUCGUCACCUAAUUUUGCAUCACGAUUUCGUGCAGAUGUUGUGCAACUUGUCGAAGCAAGUAACAUUCACAAACACAGCAACACAUGCUAUAAGUAUUGGAAUGCUAAUCGAGGCGACAAGAAAAAUUGCCGAAUGCGUAUGCCACGCAAGUUAGUACCAGUUUCGACGAUUGAUCCAGACACUGGUCAUAUCUCAAUGCGACGAUCGGAUCCAAUGAUCAAUAAUUUUAAUGAAUAUCUCAUCACCGCUUGUCGUUCCAACAUGGAUAUCAAAUUUAUUUGGAGUGGCAGUGAUGCAAAGGCUCUCGUUUAUUAUAUUACUGAUUAUGUGACACAGAUGAGUCUCUCUUUUCAUGAUACAUUUGCUUUUGUACAAAAAAGUAUUACAUCAAUUAUGAAUUCAUCGCAUCAAACAGACAAAGAAAAUGCAAUUGAAAAAUCACGAAAACUCGUUUUACGCUGUUACAAUACACUUGCUUCUCAACAAGAACUAUCUGGAGUUCAAGUUGCUUCUUAUCUCAUGAAUUGGGAUGAUCAUUAUACAACACACAAAUUUCAAGACCUUUAUUUAAUUCAAACUGAGCUAUAUUUACAAACACAAUUAAAUGAAAUGCCCUUCAAACGAAAAUUGGAAUUUUCAUUGCAAGAUCAUGAUGAACAUUUACUUCAAGUUAUUGCUGAAGCUCAAACUGAUAAUGAUGCAAUCGAUCCUGUUCUUUUGCCUGCAAAUCAAUAUAUUGAUGGCGAAGGUGAUAUGGACGAUAGUGAAAAUUUAUUAGAAUUACUAUGCAAUUUAGAUGAAUAUACAACUGCAGCAAUUAAUGCUACCAAAAAAUCAACAGAAGAGAAAUAUAUCGCAGAAACAAUUGAAGCAGUCAAAAAUGCUGGCCGAUUCAGUCAUCUAAAUACUCAUCAUCAACCUUCUUCAAAUGAAUUUAUCGAUUAUCCAAAUCAAAAAGCUGUACCGUUCGUUUCUGCAACACCAAAUCUUAUUCGACUAAACACAAAAUGGCAAGAACAACCAAAGACUGAGACAGAACGAGUUAGACGAAGUUUAAUUACAGGCAACUAUGACAAAGCAGAUGAUACAUUAGAUUUACAUGCUGCAAAAGAUGCCGUUGUAACAGUGGUGAAUCCAAAUAAUUAUAAAAAUAACAAUUUUGAAAAUUAUGGCUCGAUUCUUCCAGUGGUCUCAGUCACAACAAACUUUCCCACUCCAAAAACGAUCGCUGAUGAAUUUACAUUAAAUAGAGAACAACGAGCUGCAUUCAUGAUUAUUACAAGCCAUCUUGAUGGUGACAGUAGAUGUCGUACAGAUGAUAAUAACAGUCAACUUAUAAUAUGCAUACCUGGAUGUGGCGGUACAGGCAAAUCACAACUUAUUCGUGCUGUUAGUAAAUAUUUUCUUAUUACAAAAAGAAUACAAAUGAUGCGAAAAUUUGCACGUAAUGGAAUUGCUGCUGCUGAAAUCGGUGGUAUGACAAUUCAUUCAUUUUUGGGUGAACAACGUAAUUCUGGAAAACCACGAACCAUCAAACCAGGUGAUUCAAAACUUGAAAAAGAAUGGAGACUCGUCGAAUACCUACUGAUCGAUGAAAUGAGUAUGGUUGGUUUAAACUUAUUAGCAAAACUUAAUCGAAUCAUUUGCUCUGCAAAACAUGCCGAUCCACAAGUUUCAUUCGGUGGUGUAAAUGUUAUUUUCUUCGGUGACCAUUUACAAUAUCGACCUGCAUACGAUUCACCAUUACACACUGAUUUCUCAUUACCGUUGAAAAAGAAAUCCGGUAAAUUGCCAAAUGAAAACGAAAUUCAACAACGUGUUGCACGUUCUUUAAUUCUUCAAAUCAAUUGCGUCGUAAAACUUACUCAACAAAUGCGAACAGAAGAUCCACGAUACCUUCAACUUCUCGAACGACUUCGUCAUGGACAAUGCACUUAUGACGAUUAUGAAUUAUUAUUAACACAAGUUGUUGGACAACCAUCAGUAGGAUCUUUACGUGAUUCGCCUUGGAAUAAAGUAAGUCUUUGUUUUUGUUUAUAA